GCGGAGGCGGGUGGACACCCACACACCCACACACCCCCACACCCACAUCUCGUUCGAAUAGCUCACGAACGGCAACAGAAUGAUCUCAAAUAAAAAGUCAUACGCUAUGAAAAUGCUGCAACUGGCUCUGGCCCUGAGCCUGCUGCAGUACAACCCGGACUACUUGCUCCACCGCUGGGACUCGCAGCUGGAACUGGGCUCCCAUGGCGAUGGCUGGGAGCUGGAGAUGCUGCGCACCGUCCACCGUCUGGACAUGGACCAGAAUCCCUAUGGCAAUCGCAAAGGCCUCAGUCCCCGGAUCGAGGAUCUGCUGAACUUGGUGGACCCCUCCAUGGAGGGCCUGGGGAACGGAGUGGGCGAGUACAAGCUGCCGAAGAGCUUCAACGGCAGCACCUUCGUGAUGAACCUGCACAACACGACCGGAAACAGCAGUGUCCAGACGGCCGCCCUGCAGGACAUGCAGAGCAGUGGUGCUGGGGCUGCUGGGACGGCCUCUGGCUCGUCCUCCACGGGCGGAGCGUCCAGUGGGUCGUCCCUGGGGGAAAUCCACAUCGACACCACCUCCCUGGCAGCCGGAAAUGCGAAUCACUCGCUACUGCGUCCCACUCCGGAGCUGGACAUCUUCCUCUCGCCGCACCUGCUGCAGGACCAGCGCUCCAUCUGGGAGCAGAACCUGGCCGAUCUCCAUGACUACAACGACCUGCCGCUGCAGUCCAGUCCGUACGCCAACCUACCUCUGAAGGACGGCCAGCAACAGGCCCCCAACAGCUCUCACCUGGAUCUCAGCCUGGCGGCGCUCCUCCAUGGCUUCACGGGAGGAAGCGCCACGCCCCACAGCACAGCCGCCCUCAACGACAGCACCCCCCAUCCCAGCAAUCAGGGCAGCCAGACUGUGGAGAACAACUCGGACGACGUGGUGGAGGACAGUCUCUACCUGGGACGGCUGUUCGGCGAGGAGGAGGUAGAUGACGAAGAUGCGGAAAUAGCCGCCGGAGUGGCCAACGCCUGUGAGGUCGAGGGUCUGACCACCGACGAGCCGUUCGGCUGUGCCAGCUUCGCCAACGAGGUGGAGGUCGGAGGAUUCGAGGAGGAGAGUGAGAUCGCCGAGGUGUUGUACAAGCAGGAUGUGGACUUGGGCUUCAGCCUCGACCAGGAGCAGAUUAUCAACGCCUCCUAUGCCAGCGGCAACAGCGCCGCCAGCCAGGCCAAGGCCCGCCUGGAGGAGGAGGCCAAGUCGUCGGACCCCUCGCUCGGACCGGAAUCCACCGAAGACGCCCUGAAGGACACCGCCGCCGAGACCACCGAGCUCUCUGGCGCCACCGUUGACGAUAUUGAGAAGCUGAAAGCUCUGGAGGAGCUUCAGCAAGAUAAGGACAAGGACGCCGAGAACCUUCUGGAGGAUAUUACCAAUGAGUGGAACGGAAUACCCUUCACCAUCGAUAAUGAAACUGGUGAAUACAUUCGCUUGCCUUUGGAUGAGUUGCUGAACGACGUUCUCAAGCUCUCUGAAUUCCCGCUCGAAGACGAGCUGACCAACGAUCCGGUGGCCUCCACCUCCCAGGCAGCUGCCGCUUUGAACGAGAAUCAGUCGAUAAGGACCAGCUCGGAGACCGGCGAGGAGUUCCUCAGUGGCGAGGGAGUGCCGAGCAAGCAGCGUAGGAUCGAUACCAAGGACAAGGAGAACGACCCGGAAAAGGCCGACGGAGGAGACAGCUUCUCGGUCAGCGACUUCGAGGACCUGCAGAACUCAGUGGGCUCGCCCCUGUUUGACUUAGAUGAGGACGCCAAGAAGGAGCUAGACGAGAUGUUGCAAUCCACGGCUCCGCCCUACCACCACCCCCAUCCCCACCACGGCCAUCCCCACGCGCACCCCCAUCCGCACCACCAUGCCGCCACGAUGCACCACCACGCCCAUGCCCACCAUGCCGCCGCCGCCGCCGCUGCCCACCAGCGAGCGGUGCAGCAGGCCAACUAUGGCGGCAGUGUUGGCGUCGGCGUUGGUGUCGGAGUGGGCGUGGGCGUGGGCAGCGGCACUGGCAGCGCCUUCCAGCGCCAGCCAGCCAGCGGCGGAUUCCAUCCGGGCCAUCACCAGGGCCGCAUGCCGCGUCUGAACCGCAGCGUUUCCAUGGAGCGUCUUCAGGACUUUGCCACCUACUUCAGCCCCAUACCCAGCAUGGUGGGCGGAGUGUCGGACAUGUCGCCCUAUCCCCACCACUAUCCGGGCUACUCCUAUCAGGCGAGUCCCUCGCAGGGAGCCCCCGCCCCCGGCCAGCACGGUCAGUACGGUAGCGGGGCAGCUGCUGCUCCCCUGCAGCCCCCACCACCGCCGCCGCCGCACCACGCCACCAUGCUGCACCACCCGAACACCGCCCUGGGCGACAUCUGCCCCUCGGGCCAGCCGCACUACGGCCACAACCUGGGCUCCGCGGUGUCCUCCAGCAUGCAUCUGACCAACUCCAGUCACGAGGCCGAUGGCGCCGCCGCAGCAGCUGCCGCCUAUAAGGUGGAGCACGAUCUGAUGUACUACGCGAAUACCUCCUCGGAUAUGAAUCAAACUGACGGUUUCAUGAACUCCAUUUUCACCGACGAGGAUCUGCAUUUGAUGGACAUGAAUGAGAGCUUCUGUCGCAUGGUGGACAACAGCACCAGCAACAACUCCUCGGUCCUGGGCCUGCCCAGCAGUGGACAUGUCAGCAACGGCUCCGGAGGCUCUGCUCAGCUGGCGCCGGGGAACACUCACGCAAACCAGGCCAACGGAGCUGCGGGCGCCGUGGGCCCAAUGAGCACUGGCGGAGCUGCGGGCAUGACCGCCGAUCUUCUGGCCAGCGGCGGCGGUGCAGGUGCACAGGGCGGGACUGAUCGCUUGGACGCCUCUAGCGACAGUGCCGUCAGUUCGAUGGGCUCCGAACGGGUGCCAUCCCUCUCCGACGGCGAGUGGGGUGAGGGCAGCGACUCGGCGCAGGACUAUCACCAGGGAAAGUACGGUGGCCCCUACGACUUCAGUUACAACAACAACUCGCGGCUGACCACGGCCACCCGUCAGCCGCCGGUGGCGCAAAAGAAGCAUCAGUUAUACGGAAAGCGGGAUCCUCACAAGCAGACACCAUCGGCUCUGCCACCGACAGUGCCGCCGGCGGCUGCCACAGCCGUGCAGUCGCAGAGCAUUAAAUACGAAUACGAUGCGGGAUACGGAUCAUCGGGAAUGGCCAGCGGUGCUAGUGGAAUCAGCAGCGAAGCUGGUGCCAUGGGACCUGCUCUGUCCAAGGACUACCACCAUCACCAGGCGGCCUACGGAAUGGGCGCCAGCGGAAGCAACUUCAAUGGCGACUACACCCAUCGACCCACUCCCAGGACCGCUGAAGAUCUGGUCCAUCUAAAUCACACCUACUCGGCCAUGCCCCAGGGAAGUGGUGCCCUGCCAAGACCGCAGGCGCGCGACAAGAAGCCUCUGGUGGCCACCAAAUCAGGAUCAGCCAAGGGAGCCAACUCCGGCGGCGGUAGCAGCAGCAGCAGCAGUGCCGGCGGCAGCAGCCACGGCGGAGAGGAUGAGCACCUGACCCGUGAUGAGAAGCGGGCUCGUGCCUUGAACAUCCCUAUUCCGGUGCAGGACAUCAUUAAUUUGCCCAUGGACGAGUUCAACGAGCGCCUGUCCAAGUACGACCUCAGCGAGAACCAACUGUCCCUGAUCCGCGACAUCCGUCGUCGUGGCAAGAACAAGGUGGCGGCCCAAAACUGCCGCAAGCGCAAGCUGGACCAGAUCCUUACCCUCGAGGACGAAGUGAAUGCUGUGGUCAAGCGCAAGACGCAGCUGAAUCUGGAUCGCGAUCACUUGGAGGGCGAGCGUAAACGCAUCUCCAAUAAGUUUGCCAUGCUGCAUCGUCAUGUGUUCCAGUAUCUGCGGGAUCCUGAGGGCAAUGCAUGCUCACCUGCUGACUACAGCUUGCAGCAGGCCGCCGAUGGCUCUGUCUACUUGCUGCCUCGUGAAAAGUCCGAGAGCAACAACACAGCCACAGCUGCCUCCAAUGCUGUGUCUUCCGGCAGCGGAGGAAGUCUGAACGGACAUGUGCCCAGCCAGACACCGAUGCACGGCCACCAUGGCCAGCACGGAAUGCAGGCCCAGCACGUAGGCGGUGGAAUGAGCCAGCAGCAGCAGCAACAGCAGCAAUCGAGGCUGCCCCCGCAUCUGCAACAGCAGCAGCAGCACCAUUUGCAGCAACAGCAGCAGCAGCCGGGAGGUCAAUCGCAGCAGCAGCACCGCAAGGAAUGAAAGUAUCUGUUGCGAAUAGCCGCAACAAAGAGUUGGUUCACUAGCUUCCAGCGCGAGCAGCAGCACCAGCAGCAGCAGCAGCAGCAACAAUAUCAGCAGCAGCCGCAAUUCGAUUACCGCUACGACCUGCUGAACAGCAGUUACCUGUACUAAUGGUUAUUAUUCUUCAGUUGCUGCAACAUGUUGCUGGCAACAUCUGUUGCACACGCUUCUGCUGUCGAGCAGUGGAAGCUUCUUCAUUCAUCCCCCCACACACUUCCAUUUAUGGUUUACUUAUUUAGUCAGCUUGAUUGUUAUUUAUUUUGUAAUUAUUAAUUAUUCGGACUCGUCCCGAGAGUAUGCCCUGAGAGAGAUUUCAACUAAUCCGGAGAGCCUCUUACUUAAAUGCAAAAGAAAAAAAAAUCUUUACUUGUGAUAAAUCAGUUUCUUCAACUAUGAAUUCUUGGCGCUCACAAGCAGACCCCAAAAAAAAAAAAAAAAAAAAAGAGAAAGAACAGUAGCUAUGUAAACAGAUUAUGUUUUAAAUGAAUUUUAAAUCAGUAAACUAUGCAAACCCACAGCCCACAUUCACACACAUAGCUUAUCAGCGCGUCGUCCAAUAAUAUUCGAUGGUGAAACCGUUAACAAACUUAUAUAAUAUUAGAUUGUAAAAUAAAUGAGAAAGCAUAAAUGAAUAGAGCACGAGAAAUGUAAAAUAUAGAUGAUAGACAAAUGAACACACAUCCAAACACACAUGAACACAACACAAAUCGAUUGUAAAGGUUGAUAGAUAUUGCUGGACAUAUAAUGAAAUACGCCCGUAAGACAGUUAGUUGUAAGCCCCUAGCCGUAUACUAUAAUCUAGUGAGAGAUCUAUCAUAGUAGUAUCAGUAAGUUCACGCGGCAUUUAUCAAAUCAACCCACACACACAAACUCAUCCACAGGCAAAAACAUAACACACAAAUUAGCGUAUCAGACUAAGCUAGCGCGUAGAAUCUGUAAAUACAUAAUUUUAACUUAGUUAACCCUUAACCUUUAAUAUUUAGGCUACUGAAACUACGAGUGUGCUAACACGCCUCAAGGAAACCAAGAAAACACUAAAAAAAAAAACGAUAGAAUACAAAAUCUGUAAGAAACAGAAACAAAAAAAGGUAAUGCCCUAGCUAGGGCGAAUCAGCAGUCCUGGUAAAGGUUUAUUCGAUAAGCGAUAAGAGAUAUUAAUAUUUAAUAUUCUUCAACAAUGUCCUACAGCAUAAAGAGUUUAACUUUAAAUUAAGCUACAGCUAUGCCUAAUGAUUACACAAACUUACACGUACUAUAUUAACUUAAACAGAUCCGGUACGAAAAUCGAAACAAUCUAUUGUUAAUGUAGGCAUACGUAUUUUAAUUGUUGUAAUGAAUUUCGCGCCUAUUGAAACACGAACACAACUACUAAAUUCAAUAAAAGCGCGCAGCUUUUCAAUUAAGGAAUGCGAAAUUAUUUGUUGUAAAUUGAAAUUGAACUAAUUAUCUACCAUUGUACUACUACUACUCGUACAGACACUUUAAUACAUACGUAAAACAUUAACAUUAGUUUGGGAGAAGUGUGGUCAGACAUUACCAAAGUCCACAACUUACUAACACAAGGAUCACCAUCAAGGAUUCCUGUGCACGCUUCGGCCAAUACCAUGUACUUGUAUGUUUCUAUCAAAUUUGUAUGUAUGUUUCAUAAGAAAAAUUUGUAUGCUUUAAAAACGAUCCACUUUUCGUCAGCUAAACAAAGAAACCGUCAAAAUUAAAGAAAAACUACUAAAAAAUAUA